UUCUUCUUUUGGUAGGCAUAUCAAACUCAUGGAACAAGGAAAUGACACUCAACUUUCAGAAUUCCUUCUUCUUGGGUUUUCAGAGAAUCAACCUCAAAUUCAACCUCUCAUAUUUGGACUUUUUCUCUCCAUGUACCUUGUGACUGUCUUUGGCAACUUACUCAUCAUCAUGGCCAUCAUUGUGGACUCCCACCUACACACACCCAUGUACAUCUUCCUCUCCAAUCUGUCCUUUGUAGACAUCUGCUUCACCUCUACCACUGUCCCACAGAUGUUGGUGAACAUCCAGACACAGAGAAAAGUCAUCACCUAUGCAGGUUGCAUCACCCAGAUGUACUUCUUAUUGCUUUUUUCAGGGUUAGAUAUCUUUCUGCUGACUGUGAUGGCCUAUGACCGCUAUGUGGCUAUCUGCCACCCCCUACACUACAUGGUCAUUAUGAAUACAAGACACUGUGUAUUGCUGAUUCUAGCAUGCUGGAUCAUAGGUAUCCUGAAUUCCCUGUUACACAGCUUUUUGGCACUACGGCUGUCAUUCUGCACAAACUUGGAAAUUCCUCACUUUUUCUGUGAACUAAAUCAGGUGGUACACCAUGCCUGUUCUGACACCUUUGUUAAUGACAUGGUAAUUUACAUUACAGCCAUGUUUCUGGCUGUGGGUCCCCUCUCUGGCAUCCUUUACUCUUACUCUAAGAUAGUGUCCUCCAUACGUGCAAUCUCCUCAGCUCAGGGGAAGUACAAAGCAUUUUCCACAUGUGCAUCUCACCUUUCAGUUGUCUCUUUAUUUUAUUGUACCCUCCUGGGAGUGUACCUCAGUUCUGCAGUGACCCAAAACUCACAUGCUACUGCAAUGGCUUCAUUGAUGUAUACUGUGGUCACCCCCAUGCUAAACCCGUUCAUUUAUAGUCUGAGGAACAAAGACAUAAAGACAGCUCUAAAAAUCCUGUUAGGGAGUGUAACUAGAAACAGACUAAUGGAUUUACCUUCAUAACAUAUCUGUUUUGUAGUAGUCAAUGUUUUGGAUUAUCCAAUGCA